GUCGGCGAGUCAGUGUGCGGCAGGCAGCUGGUGGAGGUGUGGGUGGCGCGGUGAGGGGCCUCGGGAAGCACAAGGGCCAGUCUGGCAUCAGCUGCCGUGCGGCGUGCUGGGUGAGGGCUGAGCUGGCAGGCGUCAAGACAGGUGUGCGUCGUCCAUAGCGUCACAUCGCUGCAGGGGCUCACGUGGUGACAGCUAACCUUCUGGCUGCUGUUGAGAAUACGGCCCUGAAGCAUGGUGGUGCCGAGGAGGCGGGUGGCGGGCGGGGGAGGUGCGGGCAGGGAGGCGUGAGUAGGUGAUGUAGUGUGGUUGACAGGGAGCCAUGGGUCGCCAUGCCGCCAUCCAGACCUUUUUGCUCACGCUCACCGGCUGCUCUUGGAUGCUGCUGUUCCUCACAAUCACACUCUCCGACCACCACGUCUUCAGGGAGUACCAGGCCGUCAGCAAGGUGGGCGCCCGCACUCGUCCCCCAGAGGAACCCGACCCGUGCGAGGCCUGCUGGGGAACUGGCGAGGACGAGGGUCAUGCGGCACGAAGUGAUGAGUCCAGUACGACGCAGGAGCCUGGGUGGGGCGUGCGGUUGGCGCGUGCGAUUGGCGUGGGGAAGGACUCAGAGGAUACUACCGAUGAGAGCGGCAAGGGCGGCGUGAGCGGCGUGGGUGCCUUCUACUAUUACACUCUCCACACAACCUUCACCGCACUGCGGCUCAGACUCAAGAAGGCUCAACAGGUGGCAGGUGACGUGCGUGAUGAGGUGGCCGCCCUGGAAGAGAAGAUCACACACCUCCACCGUGCCCUCGUGACCCACUUCUCUCCUCGGCACAAUCCGUACAGCCGCAAGUCCUCGCACGACACACGCUCCAGCCAAGACCCAAAGAAGAGAGUUUCUUUAGAUCUUGGUUCUGAACAGCGCAUACGUGCUCCUCCUGCUUCCAUCCCUCCUGAACGAACCCAGAGAUCUCGUGAUGCGCGAUCUGAUGACGUGACAACGAAAGGCGCGUCACGAAGUUAUCAAAAACCAGUCGUUCCACAAAGUAACCAUAAUCGCGUCUUUCCCGUCUUGGCCAUCGCCCCAUCAACACCAGCAGCGGCAGGAGAGCCCACAGGUGAGGAAAGGAGCGUUUCCUCACCACAACGGCCGCAAAAGCUCGACACAGGCCCUUCCAGAGGCACCGUCACGUAUUCUUUCUCUGAAAUCAGAAGCCAGUCUACAACUAGUGAGCUUUUGCGAUCAUCAGAGCAUAUACAUAGGACGCCCCAAAGCCUGGGCACAGCUGCAGUGCAGAGUGGUGUGCACAGUGGCAGUGUGAGUGCUAACAGGACGAGUGCCACGUUGCUAGACACGUCAGGGUUUGGGCAGAGGACGAGUGGUGAUGGAGGUCGGGUGGGGCGAAGAGUGUUGAGUGUCAGGGCGCAGAGUCGUGGUGUUCUCAAACACCACACGGCGGUCCGCAGCGUGGUGUCAGUGAUAGUGGUGGACGAUGACCCCGGGGCAGAGCUGCUUACAGCUCUCGGCUCCACCUACCCCGGUAUGACGGUCCAUCUGAUGACCACCACGCCUUCCUCACACCUACAGACCUCAAACAUCCGCUUCAGUGUGCACACCGUUCAGCCCAACACUACCACAGGCGCCGCCUACAGGCAGGUCCUUAGACACAUCAGGACUCCAUAUGUGUUGGUGGCGCAGGGCGGGGCUUUCUUGUCCAGUGUGGGUGGGCUUGGGAAGCUGGUGUGGGCAGUGGAGCACCUCGGGGUGUGGGCAGCAGGAGGGGGACUGCUGUCGCCCUCGGGUUUGUGGCGUCCAGGAUGCCUCACCACCUCCUAUGCCCACUACGAAGCCACUUGGGAGCGUGGCCACCUGGGCACCACUGGGGGCUGCCUGAUGUGUCAGGCGCUGGAGGGGCCCUUCCUGGCGGUGACUGCUGCCCUGCGUCACUUAGGGUGGGACGCUCAGCUCACCACACAUGCGGCACACCUCGACCUAUUCCUGCGGGCCGCACACUCACACCACAUGCUGGCAGCGUCCUGCUCUGGCUCACUAUUUUCUCUGAGCGGUGAGCUGGAGUCACCGUCACGAGACAGCCUUCUCAGUCUGGCCCGCCACCACAGCCUCUACUCGUUACAGCUGCCUCAGAGCUCUCCAGUUCUCUUCUCUUGCAAGGAAGUCAAGGCCAAGUGUGGGAACCCUGGCCUGGCGCUGCCACCGUGUUGUCGCCAGGAGCUUGCCCGCCUCGUGCGCUUCACACUGGACAUGUGCGAGGCUCACAACCUGCUGUGCGAGCUACAGGAAGGAUCGCUGCUUGGAGCGCUGAAGGUCGGGGGCGUGAUGCCUUGGGAAAGAGACGCUGACCUCACCUUCCACACUAAGAACUACACGGCCCUGGAGGCGCUGAAGGACGUAUUUGAGAGGGCCGGCUACUCUCUCCAUCUGACGGACAACCGGUGGUGUUGUGUGGACGGGCGGUGGGCGGGCGGGCAGGGUUCUCUCAGCAGCGAGAUGUGGCGGGCGGAGCUGUGGAGUCAACACGCCAUGGACUCCGAAGAGAAUCUCCUAGCUGGGCGACCACGAACCAGAGUGGAGUUUGACGGGUCGUGGGUCGCAGCUCCCUCCAGCCCAGGCCAGUAUGUGAGGAACCGCUACGGGACUGAGGUGUACCGCCACGCCCAACACUGGCUUGAUACAGGUCGCAGUUCCGGGUGGGAAGAGUAUGAGUCUGGGAAGUUCCUGCCGUGUUCAGACCCCGCCCACCACGCCUGUCUCGACCAAUACCUUCCCGACGGCAACCUCAAGCUCCACCCCUUGUGCGUCGCGUGAGCCAAUCCGGGGGGUGGAGCAGCGUCUCGGCGCCUCCCCCACACACGCCUGCUUCGUCAACACGUGCCAGUAAUUCAGCCUUUCAGCCUCACUCUCGUUGCGGCAAAAAUCGUGCCAACUUGACUAGCGGUGAUAGUUAGCGUGCCAUAACUGUGACUUUAGGUGUGUGUGUGUGUGUGUGUGUGUGUGUGUGUGUGUGUGUGUGUGUGUGUGUGUGUGUGUGUGUGCUUGUGUGUUUGUCUCCGUUAUGUUUCCGUAGCUGACUGUUGUCAUUGCGCUGUGGUUGUUGUGUUAGGCCGGAAACACAGACUCGCCAGUAGGGUAUAGUGUAUAGUGUAUAGCGUAUUGGUCUGUAGCGACACUUGACACGGGUAUAGUGAGAUCCGCCCCUUAACUCUUAAUGACUCGGUGUGCUCCCCUCAUCACCUCCACCACCGCCGCCGCCACACCUGCAGCUGACAGGUGUGGUGACAUACAACAGUUGGUAUUCUAUGACGUCCGUAAGUUAGCCAGAAGAGGCAGGCAGUCUUCCGGGACCUUCCGUUAGCAUUAGUUAUGGUACUGAGUAAGGCUGCUGCAGACCAUUCCUUCCCUCCCUCCUUCCUUCUUCCCUCCAUCCCUCCCUCCUUCCUUCUUCCCUCCAUCCCUCUCUCCUUUCCUUCUUUCCUUCAUCCCUUUCCUUCUUUUUUGUCUUUCUUUCCUCUAUU